AUGAAUGACAGUGAUUUUUGUGUGUCAAUAAGACAUCGACAUAUUUUGGGAUAUUGGAUUACACAUAAUAUAAAGUUCCAAACUUCCUGGAAUUUCUGUCCAUGGUUUAAUAUGUAUCGAAGUUGUCACGUCGGUGUGAGUUAUUGGUUGCCUAUGCAAGCUUACAUGACAUCAGCAGGCGAUACCAACUGCUGUAAACAUUUAGCUGUGUGA